GUCAUCUUGCUCAAUGGACAAGUGCAUGUCAAAAGAUAUUUAAUAUUACAAAGCUUGAUCCUGAAAAUAAACAUUACACAGCUAGCAAUUUUUAUUUUUAUGUUUAUAAUAGUGAAGCAAUCUAUAUAGCAAAAAUUAUCGCUGUAUUUAAGAAAUAUAGCACAUCAUAUUGUCGAACUGAAUCUUUGGAUGAAUUAAAUGCCAAUUGUAUACAUGCAAUUUUAUAUGAACAAGAUCUUUUGAAUCUAUAUGAAUUUAAUCCAAAGUUGAAGUUAAAAGUAAAACAACUUCAACUUUCUUAG